AUGGAGGCACAAUCUGAGGAUACGCCGAAACCUUCCUUACCAUUGAUAUUGAUUAGUGCUUAUGAUUUAGCGAGUGCUAAUGCAUUGAUAUCAGAAAUAACCAAUAAUUCAAUCAAAAAUACAAAAGAAACAUCAAAGGAGUCACAUGGUUGUGUAUGGCAAAUUGUAAAUAAAUAUUACCAAGUUGAUGUGGAGCUCUAUCCAGUAGCCGACAGCGACACUCUGCCACCAUCCUUGACAGAACGACUUGAGGCUCAUAUUAUCUAUAUAACAGAUGAUGAGGAGGGGGACUUGGGCGCGGAGCGCGCGGAGCAGCGCUGGGCGCGGGCGGGGGCGGCGGUGGGGGCGGCGGGCGUGCGGCUGGCGGUGGCGGCGGGCGCGCGCGCGGCUCCUGCGCUAGCGGCGUGGGCGCGGCGCCGGCGCUACGAGCCCGUGGCGCUGCGCGAGGCGGCCGGCGACGAUGACGCGCGCGCCGACGCGUGCGGCGCCGAGCGCGCGCGCGCCGCGCUGCACGCGCACACCUGGCGCGGCCUGCGCCGCAUCGAUGCACCCGCCAGGAGUUUCCUACCUCUCGAUCCCUCGGGCGCGACGUCGUCGGACGAGGAGUACGAGGGGGAGUGGGACGGGGAGGAGGGCGGGGAGUGGGAGGUGGAGGUGGAGCGCGCGGAGGCGUUCGCGGAGGCGCUGGGCGCGCUGGGCGGCGCGCGCGCGGCGGCGGCGCGGCUGCCCGCGGCGGAGCGCCGGCGCCGCGCCGAGCGCCUCGUGCGCGCCUUCUGCCGCGCGCUCGGCGCCGACCUGCACGCGCUC